AUGGCUAAGUUUUUACUCGUACUCGCAGCUACUGCCUUGGUAGCUCUUGCGGAGCCUCCAGUUGGUUAUCCUUCUGGCGGCCCUCCUGCGGGUACAGGUCUCUCUCUACCAGGCCAGUUUGGUUCCCCUUCUAGCCAAUAUGGUGCUCCUGGCGGAUUUGGAUCCGACUCUCCCUCUAGCCAAUAUGGUGCCCCUGGUGGUGGAUUUGGAUCCGGCUCUCCCUCUAGCCAAUAUGGUGCCCCUGGUGGAUUUGGAUCCGGCUCUCCUUCCAGUCAAUACGGUGCUCCUGGUGGAUUUGGAUCAGGCUCUCCUUCUAGCCAAUACGGUGCCCCUGGAUUUGGAGGAAAUGGUGGAAAUGGUGGCUACAGUAACGGAAACGGAUACAGCAAUGGAAAUGGCAAAAAUGGUUACAGCAACGGUAAUGGAAAUGGCAACGGAUACAGCAAUGGUAACGGAAAUGGCAACGGAUACAGCAAUGGUGGAUAUAGCAACGGUGGAUACAGCAAUGGAAAUGGUUUCGGAGGAAAUGGUGAUGCUAACAAGUACGCUCCUUCAGCUUCCAAGGUGAGUUUCCGUCUUGGCAACUACAAGAAGAAUGGCAACGGAUUCGGAAAUGGAAAUGGAAACGGAAACGGAAAUGGAUAUAGCAGUGGAGGUCCCUCAAGCCAAUAUGGAGCUCCUGGUUUUGGAUCUGGAUCUCCUUCUGGACGUUAUGGAGCACCUAAUGGUUUCGGAUCAGGAUCUCCCUCAAGCCAGUAUGGAGCCCCUAACGGAUUUGGUUCAGGAUCACCUUCCAGCCUGUAUGGUGCACCCAACGGUAAUGGAUCUCCUUCCAGCCAAUACGGAGCUCCUAACGGAUUUGGAUCUGGUUCUCCCUCUAGCCAGUACGGUGCACCUAAUGGUUUCGGGUCUGGAUCUCCUUCAAGCCAAUAUGGCGCCCCUAACGGAUUCGGGUCUGGAUCUCCUUCUAGCCAAUAUGGCGCCCCUAACGGAUUCGGAUCUGGCUCUCCUUCAAGCCAAUAUGGCGCCCCUAACGGAUUCGGAUCUGGCUCUCCUUCAAGCCAAUAUGGCGCCCCUAACGGAUUCGGAUCUGGAUCUCCUUCCAGUGAGUACGGUGCCCCUGGAGGCUCUCCCACCAACACCUACGCUUCUCCUGGCCAGUUCUCUUCCAACCCUCCCUCCAGCGAGUACGGAGUUCCCGGAGCCGGCACUGGAUCUAACGGAGGAUACACUUACUAAAUUCAGCCACGCGAUGCCAACUACGAAGUCACCAUUUGUACAACUCAACUAAUUUAUAAGAUACCACCUCUCACAUCAUUGUGAUAUUAUUUAUUUGUAUAUUUGUGAGUGUGACUGCGUGUA